AUGGACGCCAAAGGGGCCUCUGCUUCAACGCCAAGAGGCAUUCGAAAAUCCAACUCGACAAGAUCAGCCGGGGCGCACUCUACCACAUCACACGAAUCUGUCAGCGUUGUCGGCGUCCACCCGCUUGGAACUCUUCGAGUCUUGGGACGCGAAUCGUCUCCUCGCAUAUCGGAACAGACUGGUAUUGACGACGACGACCAAGGUCCCCCCCCUCUAGGAUCUCCCGUUGAAAGUGCCUAUGGGCUGGCCGGAAACCAGCAUAGCAGUCGCCAGAGCUCAUCUGUGAGCCCAACCAAAAGAUCCAGAGACCCCCAGGCUCAUCAAAUGGGAGGGGGUGAUGUAGUCGUCAUCCUUGAUCUGCCUGAACGUUUUGUCGUCGCCUACGAUAGUGUUUCAUUCACGGCGCAGAACUUUGUGGGCGUGAGGGAUGUCCCAGCUGGUCCUCAUUUCUUCUGGGUUGCUCACCCAAGCGGUGUUGCUGCACGCGCCGGGGUCUGGCUCCUCGGCUCGGAGUCUCAGGACCAUGUUCACGUUGUGCAAUGGGACUCGUACAACGAGAUGCUGACCGAAGCCACUCGCUCAGAAUCUCGCAAUAGUGCUGAGAACAUGCCGAAUAUUCAUGCCCAGCUCGUUCCAUAUGUCGACCCGUCGCGGCUCACCGAUGGUGGUGGCCAGCUAUCUGUGUCCCAGAUCGAGAGAAACCGCAGCAUCUGGAAUCAAUUGACGACUCAUAUCAAUGCCACAGUAUUGAACCGAAUCACAGGUCCCCAGGUAGGUGGCUGGAUUGUGCAUACCCUUGAUCGUGCAGAAGGCGCCCUUCAGUUCUCUCCCGAGGUAGAAUUGGAGCGAGCCGUGCCCAAUAGGAAUCUCCAACGGCGAGAGUUGCAUUUUGCUUUUGAAAGUACAACUAGGCUCUUCUCAAUCGAGUCACUCGGGUCUGAGCGCACACGAGAGGCUACCGAUCCUAGCAUCUAUCUCAUGUCUCAGAUUGAAGACGCAAAGAACAAUCUGGUUUAUGAGGACUUGGUUGGAGAGCUUCAGUUUGCGUUCGUUGUGGGCGUACAUCUUGGAAACGACGCUAGCCUCGAGCAAUGGUGGUUCAUGCUACUCAAGCUCCUUAUCAAAUCUCAUCUUCUUGUGCAAAAGCAACCCUUGCUUGUGGCAUCCGUGUGGCACACCGUCGCCGCACAAAUCGCAUACAGCAGUCAAUGGAUGGAAGGCUCAGUCCUUGACAAUAACGACACCAGGUGCCGAGAGCUUCGUAGUGCCCUCAUCAUAUACAAACGCCGCAUGGAGGAAUUCCUCUCAGAUGAUGAGAAUAUUGUUACGCCAGACCAUCUUGCCGUCAGCACAGCCUUCUCCAGGCUCGAGGCCGUCUUGACAGAUCUCGGAUGGGACCUCAGCGGCGACUACCUCAGAAAGGGCAUUGUCGUUAUGGAAGAUGGAGAAGAAGUAGAACUGGAGUUGACCGACUUGGAGGCUGAAGACGAACGGGGUGAAUGGGCACCAGAGUUUGUUGAGUUGGAUGAGAAUGGCCGUGAGCGAGGCCUGAUUUCUUGGUCUGACUAG